UACCGCCACGCAGCACCAUCGGGCCCUUGGCCAUGGAUGGAUUUCGACACCGAUUUCGACAUUACACUCGACCACGACCAUGCACCGACCUCACCAGACGCAGCGGCCCAGUCAUGGCGCGGAUACCCUGAGGCUCUCUUUGGAAAUUGGAAGCCGGAUCAGGUGAAGCGGAGCAAGAUACUUAGCAACUGCUCGCAGCUCGAUAUGUGCUCGGUGCAUUGGCUGGAUAUCCUGGGAGACGGAACUUUUACGAUUCUAGAUGAGGAGGGGCGGGACCAAACGAGUAGAGUAUCACGCGAUUGUGUGGAUGAGUUUUGGGAGCUGUUGCAGACGCCUGUGAGUCAUCCCUUUUGGUUUUUGCAGCGACCUGCGAACAUCCGUGUUCGUGCAUUAUUCGUGGAUAAUAUGUCUCUGCCUGUGCUGCAGAUGCUUGGAACAAAGUUUAAUAUCGAACCGUUUUUCUUUUCUUCAUCUUUGAAUUGGAUACCAUCGCAUUACCAAGAAGAGGUUCGACCAGGCAAGGGUGAUCAUAUCACGAUCACACUCCCAUUCAUGCGGACGAUGCAAAAUCCAGUCACUCGAUCAACAACACCAGUCGAAACACCAGAUUCAGGCAGAUAUAUACCCUUACAGCACAUACCCACUGAUCAUGACGAUUCACAGCAAAUAAUUGAUACCCAAGCGCCACUCCCUCUCCGUGAUGGUAACAUUCUUCUCCUCGAUCUCCUCGCGAUACAUAUGGUGCGCUCAGGGGACUCGAGCACGAUCAUAUCAUAUCAUCCAAGCUCUAGUUGGCGUCGUCCUUCCGCAAAACGGCUACACUCCCUUGUUAAUCGUGCGGGACAAAGUGUAUACUGGCAGAAAAUCUUCGCCAAGUCUAAGGACCCAACAUUUUUAUUCCUAGCCAUCUUGUGGUACGCCCUCUAUGCAUGGGACCAGGCAUUUGAGUCGCUGUAUACUCAUAUUAAUUGGCUGGAAUCCCAAGUGCUGUCAACUAGCGACAUUAAAAUUACUCGUAAACUUCACAUCAUACAAGCACACCUCCUACAAUACCAGUCGCUUCUCCAAGACUUCCAGAAGUCUGUCGACUUCCUCCAGAAGACACCGAAUCCCGCUAUGGAGUCCGAUACCUAUGGUCUUGUGGAACGUCAGGAAUCUAUCGAUCUCAUGGCAAAGGAGUGUGCAAAUCUACUCUCAGAAAUCGGGAGAUUGGAGAUCAGACGAUUGAUGCAGAGCAGUAGGCUGAAGAACGUGAUGGAUCUUGCAUUUGCGACUGUGAAUAUAGAGGACAGUAAGCAUAUGAAGAAGCUGACGGAGGCCACCGUCCGAGACUCGAGUGCAAUGAAGCUGAUCUCCUACCUCACGAUGAUAUUCCUUCCCGCUUCCUUCACUGCGGCGGUGUUCGGGAUGAAUGUCAAUGAAAUCACUGGGGCCCAAGGACAAGAGUCGCUCGUUCACUAUGUUGCGACGUCGUUAGCUCUCACAUGCUUCACUUCGUGGCUUCUAGUGGCCUGUCUGUCGCACGGCCCCUUUCUCGACAAGAAUAGCACUCUAAGGGAGCGCGCCGGAUGGCCGAUAUUUUAUCUCCUCAGGAAGUUUAAUAACAAUUCGAUAAAGAGGUCACCGAGGUCGCUUCGGGAUAUUGGACUCGUGGUAUCUGGCAUGAGCUUCAAAUAUAAUAUAUCCAGCACAGUCAUUGAGGUGUAUCAUGAUUGUCAUCUCGUUGAAAUUCGUGGUAUCAAUGUCAUCUGGAGGUUGGCUGGACGUCCCUCCAGACGAACUCAGGGAUACAGCUUUGCCACCUGCAGUGCCUGCACCCCCGUAAGUUUUGUUCAUGUUCUCUUUCCUACCUUGUAUUCGCCAACUGAUGCUCUUACCAGAUAUCGACAUGCUGCACCGUCGGGACCAUGGCCAUGGAUGGACCUCAAUAACGUCAAUCCCACGACCUCUAGAACUGACAUAGAUAAAUCGUGGCGGGGUUACCCUCGGAACCUGUUCGGGAACUGGACUCCAGAUCAAGUGCGGCGCAGCCAGAUGCUCGAAAAGUGUGCAAAGAACCAGUCUAGCACCAUUUACUGGAUGGAUGUACUUCACAACGGGAGUUUCAGCACCUCAGAUAUGGCAGGAAACGGCGAUACUACGGUAGUGGACACUCAACGUGAGGAUCACUUUUGGAAUAUAUUACAGCAGAAGGCGAGUCUCAUUUUGUGCUGGUAUCGACCGGAGAAUAUCCGGGUGCGAUUGUUAUUUGUGGAUGACUUAACGUCACCUGUCUUGCGCAUGCUGGGGACAAGGUAUGUAGCAUACAACAUCGAGCCAUUCUUUUUCACGUCUUCCAUUAAUUGGAUACCCUCGCGAUAUCAGGAAGCGCCUAUCCAUGGAGAAGGAGACCACAUUACUAUUACCCUGCCAUUUGUAAGAGCGAUGCCGGGAUCUCGACCAUCAUCCACCUCUCCAACACCAUCCGAUCAUGCGCCACGCAAUCAUAUACCACCUCAUUCCGCGGGUAAGCGAUCCAUCACCUGUCGUAGUCGGUCGCCCUGUUCACAUCAGACAGAUCACAUGCUCGUCAUCGACCUCCUCGCAAUCCACAUGGUUCGUGGUGUAAACACAAGCACCAUUAUUUCCUACCAUCCUGAUUUUGAAUGGCGCCGAACAUCCGCGAAGCACCUCCACUCGCUCAUGCAGCUGGUGGGAGGCAGUGUAUACUGGCAGAAAAUAUUCAGCAAGUCCAAAGACCCGACCUUCGUGUUCCUCGCGAUUUUGUGGUAUGCGCUAUACGCAUGGGAUGAGUCCUUUGAGUUGCUAGACAACCAUGUCAGUGAACUGGAAUCACAAGUGCUGGAAGAUCAUGCGCUCACUCGCGAGCUUCAUAUCCUCCAAGCGCAUCUUCUGCACUACCACGCACUCCUUCACAGCUUUGAGAUAUCAGUAACAUUUAUCGAGAAGACCCAGAAUCCGGCCAUGGAGUCCAUCGACAUCUCUGACAAACAGCGCAAAGAUUCGAAUGAACUUAUGAAGAAGGAGUGCGAGAAUCUACUCGGCGAAAUAGACCGUCUAGAAAAGCGACGGAUGAUGCUGAGCAGCCGACUGAAGAAUGCGACGGACCUUGCUUUUGCUAGUGUCAAUCUUGAGGACAGUAAGCAGACGCGGGAGCUGACUGAGGCGACGGUCAGGGACUCGGCGGCCAUGAAACAGAUCUCGUACCUCACGAUGAUCUUCCUACCGGCAAGCUUCUUAGCCUCCGUUUUUGGGAUGAACGUCUCAGAGAUCAAUCCAGGAUCUCUAGAGACAAUCCCCCACUACGUCGAGACCACCAUUUCGCUCACGCUCCUCACUGUUUAUAUCGUUGUCACGCUUCAGACGCAUAGCUCAUUCCAUGAGAAAGAUGCCACGUUCUUGCAGCGUGCAGCGUGGCCGGUUCUUUCUCUCAGGAAGAUUGUGUUCAAGACACCGCCCGGGGCCAAGAAAGCAAGCGCCAAGACGGUGGAUGACAUGGCGUGA